GUGAAUAAUGGUGGUUCAUGUACUAAAGUAUUGGACACAGAAGGAGUCCCACUGUCAUGUCUCUUUUAUCAUCCUCUAAAAGAUGCUGUAAUUGUCAUGAUGGAAGGUUUCACUGUUGGGUUAUUUUCAGUGAGUUAUCAAGGUGACUUAUCAGAAGUGAGCAAAGUGAAACUGAGUGGCAGAGUCCAGACCAGAAUGGUGGGAAGCCAAGGAAUUGUUUGGGCUGGAAACACCAGUCUAGCAAUCUUAACAGGUGAUCUGACAGUUCGACUUUGGGACAUAGAAACGAAUGACAAUUAUGUGCUGUCGACAGUAAUGAAAAUCUAUGACACCGACGACAAGUUCAAUACAGUGAAUGAAAUUUUUACCUGCAUUACAUAUUGCAAAGUGAAUCAAACACUAUGCGCUGGAACGAACAUUGGUAGAAUAUAUUUCUGGACAAGAAAGCAGAACCAGGUUGAAAUAGAAAACCCAGAAGAUAGUUGGGAGUUGACUAACGUGAAUGCUAUAAAUGGAACAAUAAAGCAGCUGAAGUGGGGUUCUUUCAUUUCAAGAUUGCCACUUUUGAGUGUGAAUUGUGUUACAUCUGUGUACAUAAUGAAAGAACAAAGAAUAUGCAGUAAAUUUUCUGAGAAAAUUUGGGGUACACAAAAAACUGCUUCUCAGAUUUUAUUAGAAAGUGCAAAGAGCGACUACUUAUUGCAAUUGGACUCCCAGGUUACUGAUAUGGCGAUUUCGGAAAAUCUUUUAGCUUUCACUAAUGGAAGAAAAAUCUUCAUGUAUGCGGUAACAUGGGAGAAGGAUAACAAUAUAUUAGAACUGAAUUCGGGGAAAGCAAAAGGUAAGAAAGGUAAUACUGUCAAUUUAGCACAAGACUAAUUCACAAUAAAAAUACAAUUAUAAAGGGUUA